AUGGAGGUGGAGAACCAGACAAUGGUGACCGAGUUCAUUCUGGUUGGGUUCCCAGGGAGCAGGACCAUGCGUGGGCUGGUAUUCCUGAUGUUCCUCAUGGCCUACAUGCUGACAGUAUCAGAGAAUGUGAUCAUCAUCCUUUUGGUGCAAAGGAACAGGCCACUCCACAAACCAAUGUACUUCUUCCUGGCUAACCUUUCCUUCCUGGAGACCUGGUAUAUCUCUGUCACUGUACCAAAGCUGCUAUUCAGUUUCUGGUCUCUGAGCAACAGCAUCUCUUUCUCCCACUGCAUGACUCAACUCUACUUUUUCAUUGCACUCAUGUGUACUGAGUGUGUGCUCCUGGCCGCCAUGGCCUAUGACCGCUAUGUGGCCAUCUGCCGCCCACUCCAUUACCCCACCAUCAUGAGCUAUGGCCUCUGUUUCCGCCUGGCUCUAGGAUCUUGGACCAUUGGAUUUGGCAUCUCCUUGGCCAAGAUUUACUUCAUCUCCCGUCUUAGUUUCUGUGGUCCCAAUGUCAUUAACCAUUUCUUUUGUGAUAUCUCUCCUGUGCUUAAUCUGUCCUGCACAGACAUGUCCGUGGCUGAGCUAGUAGAUUUUAUUCUAGCAUUAAUCAUUUUUCUUUUUCCAUUAUCUAUCACAGUGUUGUCCUAUGGAUGCAUUCUGGUUACAGUUCUAAAGAUGCCCACAGGAAAGCAUAAAGCUUUCUCUACUUGUGCUUCACAUCUUGUGGUGGUCACUAUUUUCUACUCAGCCACCAUCUUUAUGUAUGCCCGGCCUCGUGCGAUCCAUGCCUUCAACAUGAACAAAGUCAUUUCUAUCUUCUACGCCAUUGUGACCCCAGCCCUUAAUCCUUUCAUCUACUGCCUAAGGAAUCGAGAAGUCAAGGAGGCUAUGAGAAAGCUGGUCUGUGUCUGUGACACCUGA